UUGUUGACCGGGAAGAGCGCGACCGUCAACUUCGCUAGCCCAAAAAACGAAGCAAAAGUCGACUUUUUGAAAGAUAAAAAGUAUUCAGAGUAUACCGUGCUGACUAAUAAUGUCGUUUUCAGAUUGAGUUUUGAUUGAUUUGCCGUCGGCUAGCACAAAACAGCAGCUACGAACGAGGAAACUGUUUCCGAACUGAUGUUAAAGUUGCUAUUUGGCUAAAUUUGGUCACUAUGAGGUCGUUGAAUUACGUCCAACGUGUUAGUUUGGACUUUUCGGGUACGCUCUUUCCUCACGCCAUCUGCCUGGGAGAUGCCGACAACGACACGCUGAACGAGCUUGUGGUGGGCGACACCAGCGGCAAGUUGCACGUGUACAAGAACGACGACAGCAAAGCCUGGAUCACCAGGAGCUGCGUGGGCAUGCUGACGUGCGUCGGCGUGGGAGACGUGUGCAACAAGGGGAAGAACUUUGUGGUGGCCGUGGGGGCGGAGGGCUGGUUCCACCUCUUCGACCUGACCGCCGCCAAGGGCGACUCAGGGAGUCUGCACGAAGGUUUCGCCGCGGACGAGCAGAGGCCUCUCUUCACGCAGCACAUCCCCGCCAACACCAAAGUCAUCCUCAUCAGCGAUAUCGACGGCGACGGCCGCAGCGAGCUGGUGGUGGGCUACACCGACCGAGUGGUGCGAGCGUUCCGAUGGGAAGAACCGUCAGACGCUUCCGACUCGGGAUCGGGUCAGCUGGUUCUACUCAAGAAAUGGCUGCUGGAAGGACAGGUCGACAGCCUUGCGGUGAACCCGGGUCCCGAGGGCCUGCCGGAGCUCAUGGUGUCCCAGCCCGGCUGCAGCUACGCCAUCCUGCUCUGCUCCUGGACUCAGCAGGACUCGCCGACCCCCGGAGACCGGCACUACGACGAGGGCGAGGCCUUUGGGUCCAGCAGUGAGGGGCCGUCACAAGAUAUCAUCCUCCAUCUGACCACCGGGCGGAUCCACAACAAAAAUGUGUCAACGCAUCUCAUUGGGAGCAUCAGCAAAGGCUCGAAAGAGGAGUCUUCCAGAUGCGGCCUCUUUGCUCUCUGCACUCUGGAUGGGACGCUGAAGUUGAUGGACAGCUCCGAGCAGCUCUUGUGGUCGGUGCAGGUGGACCAUCAGCUCUUCGCCCUGCAGAAGCUUGACGUCACGCGAGACGGGCGCGAGGAAGUGGUGGCGUGCGCCUGGGACGGACAGACGUACAUCAUCGACCACAACCGCGCCGUGGUGCGCUUCCAGUUUGACGAGAACGUCAACGCUUUCUGCGCCGGCCAGUACACGUGCAAGGAGGGCAAGAACAGCCCGUGUUUGGUGUACGUCAGCUUCAACCACAAGAUCUACGUCUACUGGAAGGUGCAGCUGGAGCGCAUGGAGUCCACCAACCUGAUGCGGGUGCUGGACGAGCGGCCGCAGUUUACACAACACCUGGCGGCGCUGGGACUCAGUGGCGAGGACCCGGCGGCUGUCAGAUCGCUGCUGUCAGACGUUCUCUACGAAGACGCGUCCCCGUCUUCUUCUUUGUCUCGGCUUUGUCCGCGCUAAGAAACGCUUGGCGACGCGCCUCCUCCACUUCAAAAGGGAGCCGCCAAUCAAACGUGACAGGCCGGUGGAAGCGCUUCAGUCACUCCGCACCGCCUCCUGUCAGUCUUCUUCCCCCCGCCCCCCCUUGUCAUGGACGGGCUCCUCGUGGCCGCCCGCGUGCCCUUUUGACACGCCAAGCCAAUUGUCCUCGCUUGUUUCGUUACGUAAGCUUGACGCGAUGGAUGCUGACGAGCAGCGGCGCCGCCAGCCUCGGGAACUUAACAUGACACCACCGAGCGCAGCCCCUAUCAAGAUCCCAGCGGCCUACAAAAACAAGCCCGUCGUUUGACGCAAUCCGUAUAAGCGUAUUAAAGGCACAAUUUUAAUUUAUUUGAAAUGAAGCCCCAGUGCGUGUGUUUGGAUUUCAAGGGAAUCAUUUUGAAUUUGGCACGCUAGGAUUUGUGAAUCCAUGGGUGGAUGGAAAUAUCCAGACGGAUCUUCUCAUUGUCUGGCCGACUCGCAGGUCUCUCCCUUGCUCUCGCCGGAGAGUUACAUAAGCCCAGCACAUCAAUGUUCGCCUUCCCUGCGGAGACCCGAGCUGAGCGAUGCCAGCUGCAAAAAUAUUGGGACGCCGACAGCAAGAAAAAUUACAUUCUGCUGCUCUUAGUUGAACUUGAGGGAAGAAAAGCUUUUUUUUUUUUGUUACCGCUCGCUGACAGGAUGCGGCGAGGCGAGUGGGAGCAAGCAAAGAGGCGGCGGCAAAUUGAAGCGCGGGGAUUUUCUCUCGCGCGCCUUCUCAUACUUCCGUUGUCGCCUUCAUGUUGUGCUCGGCUUAUCGCCGGCGUGAAAAAAAAAUAAAGCGCCUGACAGGGCCAAUUUAAAAGUGGAGAGACCGAACUAGAGAAAGGAUUAAGGACACCAAGCCCAAUGCUGGCUCAUUUUGGCCACUUUUUUCCUCCUCAUCAGGGCCAGUACACAAAUUCCAUAUUGAAGUCUCAAAAAUUCCUUUCGAAAUGGAGUUCUAAGAAUUUCCACAUCAAACUUCCGCCUACACGCAAUGACUCACACGGCUCGCUCAACGUUGCCAAUCACUCACGGCGAGGUUAGUCUGGGCAAGCUUUCAAAACGUUGACUGAUGUGGCCGAAAUGAAGCUAUGUCAAGAGGUCUCGUUUGUGCAAACCAUCUCAAGUAUUUAAGAGGCUCUCGUGUUGCUAAAUGAGGAAAGCGCAAUUUGUUUUCCUCCCUCGGUCGCAAGCCCUUAUUUAGUCGCGUAUUUGGAGCUUUUUUUGCCGAUAAUGGGAAUGAGCGAGGUAACCUUUGGCAAGCCGCGAGCCAUCUGCUCGGGCGCAGAUAAGACAGACAUAUAUUCAACACGUGUGCCCUUUAAAAAUAGAGGGAAAGAUGCACAGAGCUAGCCAGAAUACGUAUCUUUUUAUUUGUCAGCCAGAGAAAAUACGCUUGUACAGAAGAAGAGCAAGGAGAAACGCCAAAAAUAAACCUGUCGUGACAUAACGGCACUGGGUGACGGAGGGCAAAAUCCAAAACAAAAAAAA